AUGCCCAAGAUCGCCGCGCUUUUUGCAACACUUCGACAAUCCGGAAACGUCCUCGAUUUACUUGGUUUUACAGCUAUUAUCAUAAAACCUUCCGAAUAUCCUUACUUAUCACAGUCAGUUGUAAGCCCAAAGGAACUCUCCACAUCCAUGCCACGCCCUUAA